UAAACAAAAUGGCUGCGCCCAUGGAGUAAUGUGUGCCAUUGCGUUUUGUGGAAGCGAAUGAGUUCUUGCUGGACCACAUUUUUCACUUUCGUUGGUAACUUUUCAUUAAAUAUUUGCAUACCAUACACACUUAAGAUUAUGUUCAAUGAAAGUGGAUCGCUGAAAUAUCAAACAAUUGAACGAGCGGCCGGCCAGAGCUAGCUAGUAGCUGCAGAGGCGCAGAAACUGGAGCUAGGUAGCCAUGAAUGGUCAAUCAGCCAGGAUUCUGGAAGCAGCGUCAGGACUGCUGAGCAAUGCUGCCAGGGUACCCAAUUCAGUCAAAACACUGACCUUCAAAACCUUCAAAUGUUCUACUUGUUUAUGUGACCAGGGUCCAUGUAUUUAUCCGCACAUCAAAAACCCAAUCUGGUGGACUCAAGCAAAGAGUGUUACAGCUCUGGCAGUCAGUACCCAUACAUGGUUAAGCACAGUUCAUGGACUUCGUCAUCCAAAAUUGUACAGCACAAGCAGUCCUCAGAAAGCCGAUGAUGAACAAGGGGCGAAAGAUGAUAUGCUGUCUUCGGGAGAGUCGCCCGUCAAAGCAAACUUGGCUGAAAAUGAGGCAGCUUGUGGAAAGAAAAGGAAAGGGAAGAUGAAUCGGUAUGUGAAGAGAGCCUCCAAAGCAACAGAGAAAAUGAAAGAAAAAAUGGCUGACAAAGUCAAAGAUAUAAAAGAGAACAUAUUUACCAUCCCCAAUCUCUUGUCCACAACACGCCUGGUCAUGUCCCCUGUUCUGGGCUACCUGGUCAUUCAGGAGUGCUACACGCUGGGUACUUGCUUGUUUGUCAUGGCUGGGAUCACAGACUUGCUGGAUGGUUUUAUAGCUCGAAACUUCAGGAAUCAGCAGUCUGUUCUUGGAUCCAUCAUUGAUCCACUGGCUGACAAGUGCUUGGUGGCCAUCCUCACGCUUAGCCUGACUUUCAGUGGCCUUAUCCCUGUUCCCCUAACCAUCCUGAUGGUAAGCAGGGAUGUUGGCCUGGUAGGCAGUGUUUUCUAUCUCCGGUACCAGUCCCUACCACCGCCACGGACGGUCAGCCGAUUCUUUGAUAUCACCCACGCCACCGUCCAGCUCAAGCCCACCACCAUAAGCAAGUUGAACACAGCUGUUCAGCUCGGUCUCGUAGGCUUCACCUUGGCAGCUCCAGUCUUCCAUUAUGUGGACCAUCCCUUGCUGCAUGCACUUUGGUACGCCACGGCAGCAACAACCAUUCUUUCAGGCUUCAGCUACGUCUUCAGCAAAGAUGCAUUCAAGUUCCUGCGAAAAUAGACAAGAAUGUUCAGCAUCAUUGCCAAAGCUGGUUAUUUGGCAGUCCUGCAACCUCUUCCCCAGCCCAACAAUAGGGGGUUUGAGGACUUUCGAUUUGAGCUUGUGGACAUUUUAUUUUGGGGAUAAGGAUGCAGGAAACCGAUUCUUUGUGGUUCUCUGUCUAUAUGAAAGAGCAACUCAAAGGAAAACAUGUUUUUUUUUAAUUUAUCUGUUCAAAUAAAUAGGGAAGCAUA